UGCGCAGCGGUUGCGCUGUGCGAAGUCGAACGCGUUUCUUGUUUUUCCCCGAGCUCCGCCUUCUGGUCGCACGAGCCCCUUGUUUUUCGCGUGAGCUCUUGUGUUGUGCUCGCGAGCCCUGCCCCUGUAUCCAGGCAGAUAGUUCGCAACAUGGCGGCGACGAGUAACGAAGAACAGACGUUGUUGCCCGAUAUCGAAGAGGAGGCUGAGGGCAUGGAGCGAGAGAUGGAGUCAGAGGAGGACGAAGAAGAGCGGAUGGGAGUCGAGCACUCCGAGGAAGAUGACGACGACAAAGAUACUUCUGAGGACGAGAGGGAGAACGAAGCGGAGAUCCAGCGCCUGGAGGAGCAGCUGUCAAUCAAUGUAUUUGACUACAACUGCCAUGUAGACUUGAUCAAACUCCUGAGGCAGGAAGGGAAGCUGCACAGACUGCGCAAAGCCAGACAGAAGAUGAGCGAGCUCUUUCCUCUCACCGAAGAGAAUUGGCUGGACUGGCUGAAAGAUGAAAUUCGUGUAACAGAAGAUGAGUCGGACCGCGAGAAAGUCUACGAGCUAUCUGAGAGAGCUGUGAAAGAUUAUGUUUGUCCAGAGAUCUGGCUUGAAUAUGUACAGUACUCCAUCGGGGGAAUGGGAGCCGAGGGAGGCAUUGAGCGGGUCCGGUCCAUCUUUGAGAGGGCGCUGACAGCAGUAGGCCUACAUAUGACUAAAGGAACUUCAAUCUGGGAGGCGUACAGAGAGUUUGAAAUUGCUAUUCUCUCCACAGUACAGCCUCCUCCUGGCAGUGUUCCCUCACAGGAGCAACAGAAACUGUUUACCGCCCAGCUGCAGCGCAUACACACGCUUUUCAAAAGGCAACUUGCUGUACCUCUGAUGGAUAUGGAGGGAACAUAUGCAGAAUACUCGGACUGGGCAGAUGAUGGUGUACCCGAGAUGGUCACACACCAUUACCGACGUGCACUGCAACAGAUGCAGAAAUGCAAACCUUAUGAGGAGACUUUGCUUGUCUCUGAACCUCCAAAGCUGGCAGAGUAUCAAGCCUACAUAGAUUUCGAGAUGAAGGAAGGCGAUCCAGCCCGAGUCCAGAUCAUUUUUGAGCGAGCGCUGGCGGAGAACUGCCUCGUGCCCGACCUGUGGAUCAAGUACACCUCGUAUCUGGAUCGUCAGUUGAAGAUUAAAGAUGUAGUUUUAUCUGCUCAUGAGCGAGCCGUCAGGAACUGCCCCUGGACAAUGGGCCUGUGGAAGAGCUAUCUUUUGGCAUUGGAGAGGCAUAGAGAAGAUCAUCAAACAGUGACAGAUGUGUUCGAAAAGGCCCUGAAUGCAGGAUUCAUACAGGCGACUGAUUAUGUCGAUAUUUGGCAAUCAUAUCUGGACUACCUGAGGAGACGUGUUGAUUUCAGCAAAGAGUGGAGCAGGGAGCUGGAUGAGCUGCGGGCGGCUUUUACACGCUCCCUUGACUACCUGAAACAAGAUGUCGAAGAGCGGUUCAGUGAAACUGGAGAUCUGUCCUGCACAAUAAUGCAGAUCUGGGCGAGGAUAGAGGCCUUACACUGUAAGAACAUGCAGAAGGCCCGUGAGCUGUGGGACAGCAUCAUGACAAAAGGGAACGCUAAAUAUGCCAACAUGUGGCUAGAAUAUUAUAACCUGGAAAGGUCACACGGAGAUGCCACCCAUUGCAGAAAGGCUCUCCACAGAGCUGUACAGUGCACAUCAGACUACCCUGAACAUGUGUGUGAAGUCCUGCUUAGCUUUGAAAGAGUGGAGGGUUCUUUAGAAGAUUGGGAUGGUGCAGUGCAGAAAACAGAGACCAAACUCAACAGGGUGAACGAGCAGAGAUCAAGAGUGGCUGAGAAAGAGGCUUCUAUUGCUAGACAAGAGGAGGAGAAAGUCGAACACAGGAGGAAAGGCAAGGCAGAUAAAAAAACCCAGAAGAAAAGCCAGAAAGCAAACAGAACCGGAGAUAAACGGAAAGCUGAAGAUGAAUACGAGGAGGAAUGGGGAGAGGAUACAGAGCUCCCCUCAAAGAGGCACAAAGGGGAUGCUGCGGAGGAGCUCAUGGAGACCGAGAGUGGGCUUUUCGGACGAAGAGCUCCACCCCCGCGUAAAAACGGGCCGCCUGGUUACCGUAAAAAUCAGCAGGUUGCGACGGAAGCACCACGCCAGACCCAGGAAAUGGCACAGGAGCAGCGUAAAGAUGAAAACAGCAUCUUUGUCAGUAAUCUGCCUUUUAAUCUGGAGGAUCCUGAAAGCAAGCUGCGGGAGUUGUUUCGGACCUGUGGGACUAUUCAGCAGGUGCGACCAGUGUUCACACCGAAAGGUGUUUUUAGGGGUUAUUGCUACGUGCAGUUCGAGGACCAUCUGGUUGUACCAGAGGCUUUGAAAAUGGACAGACUGGAUGUGAAUGGUCGGCCCAUGUUUGUAUCGCCUUGUGUCGACAAGAAUAAGAAUCCUGAUUUUAAGGUCUUUAAGUUUAACACGUCAAUGGAAAAGCACAAGAUCUUUAUCUCUGGCCUGCCUUACAGCUGCACUAAAGAACAGCUAGAACAGCUCUGUAAGGAACACGGCACAAUCAUUGCCAGCCGGCUAGUCACCAAUCGUUCAGGCAAACCCAAGGGUUUGGCAUACGUGGAAUAUGAGAAUGAGACACAGGCCUCGCAAGCUGUUUUGAAACUGGACGGCACCAUGCUGGAGAACCUCAAGCUCUCGGUUGCUAUUAGCAACCCACCGAGCAGGAAGAUUGAAGAUAAAGUAGUGCCCAGUCGAAUCCUGGGGGCAGCAAUGCCUAGGCAACUUCAGGGAGCAAGGGGGAAAGGACGCACUCAGAUCUCUCUGAUACCUCGUUCACUUCAUCGGCAGAGCACACCCGAUGCCAAAGCUGAGAACGGGACAGUAACAGAUGGGGUGCACGGAGGACCAGGAACCACUAACCUGGCCACACAAACGAAGACGCUGUCCAACGAAGACUUUGCCAGAAUGCUUCUCAAAAAGUAAAAUCGUAUGCAGAAUCAAACGUAAAGAACACCUGCCUUCUGACAGAAAAGCCAUGCUGUGUCCUUGCAGAGUCCAGUGAAGAAACAGCGUUUUAUUUGAGCCUACUUUCUGUAAAUAAAAGACCAUCCCUGAAAUAUAUUAAAAAUAUUUUAAGACCUCA